AUGGAUCAGCAGGUACAAGUCAUAGGCAGAGGACCUAGACAGCUCCAUAAAGUCACCGUCUACAUAGCGCUGCACCAGGCCUUCCAACAAGCACACUUCAUCAUCCUCCUGGAUGAAAGUUGGCCUGAGGACAGAGAGGGUGGAGGGGAGGACGAGGAAGAAAGCAAGGUGAGAAAGGUGUCGGAGCGUUACCAACAGUAUGGGCGCCUCAUCGACGAAAGGGUGCACAUAAACGUGGCAGUGAUUGUGGCUGGGAACUCCUUGGUUAACUUGAAGUGCUCCCUUUUGCUAGAGAAUGCUCCCUCGGUUGACAGUGGACACUUUGUGGGCAUGGCAACUCAACAGGAGUACGAGGCCAGAGUCCACAUUGCACAGAAGCUGUCUGUGAAGACUGCAGAUGUGACAGAUGUCAUCAUUUGGGGCAACAUCAGCGGCAGUUCCCAUGUUGACCUGCAGAGGGCGAAGGUUUUCCAAUAUGAAAGGGCCAUCUGGGGACCAUCAGAUUUUUCUCAGCCAGUCCUAGAGAUUAUAUAUGACAGGAAAUGGCUACAGUCUGACUUCCUGAAUUUGGUCAGUUCCCAACGUGCCACUGUAGCCUCCAAGUCCCAGAGGGCUACAGCCAUAUCAGACUCUAAUGGGAUCAUUGCAGUUCUAAAGGCCUGGAACUGCAACUCUUCUGCUAAGGAGGUCCUCUCCUUAGGCAUACUCAGCACAGGCAGGUACAACCUCCCAGCUGGUGUAGUAUUCUCAAUGCAAGUGAGCUUCCAGGAUGGUAGAUGGUCUGUGUUGUCUGAUGUAAUUGGUGAUGAGAAGAGGGCCAAACUGCAGAUUGCUGCAGACCAACUCAGGGAGUUUUGA